CCCGGAUCCGGAUAAGGAUAGUAAAAUUAUGGAUCCGCCGGAUAAGGAUCCGGAUCCGGAUACCUUAAAAUUGUCCGGAUACCCGAUUCGUCCCAGGCCUAGUAUAUAUGUAGUUCUCAGCCAGUCAAAAAUUACAUCAUAGAGCAAUAGAUCCAAGAGAUUCCGCAAUAUAUAUUAUAGGUUAUAGCUAGUAAUCAUAUAAAAAAUUGGGCAUGAUUGAAAGACUGGAAGGGGUAUGCCCUUUUACAAAAAAAAAAAAAAAAAAAGACUGGAAGGGUUAUAGCUUACUAACAUGAUUCUCGUGGUCGAAUUUUUAUUUUGGUAAUUACCCCAUUAACUGUAGUGCAUUCUUUUUUUACACAAAAACUAUUGUGUGUUCCAACGUCCAAGUUAAUUAUGACAUAUGUCGUUUUAUUGUAAAGCAAAGUGGGUCAACAUAAAACCUUUAUGUACUAUAUAAGUCUAAUAAUGCAGAAAAUACAAGUAGACACUCUCCACACAUUGUGCUACUUAUUCAUAAUUACGACGUUGCAACUCCAAGCCAACGUUCAUAGUUAUGAAGGUGACGCGCAUGCAGGAUAGUCGGUCCAUAUAUAAGACGAUAGUCGGUCCAUAUAUAAGACGAGAGACAUUUAAACGAAUGCCAUCCAAUAGUUAUUUAGAUUUUAUACUCAAUUGUUAUUAAAUAAAUACAUAUUAUUUCUAUGUAAUUUUCACAUGGGGGUAAGUUAUUCGCUGAAAAUGGAGGACGGUUGAUUGACAAUCCGGACCUACUAUAUAACAAAAUAAUAAUACAGAUUUUGUUCUUUUAUAUAUUAAUGUCAUGUGUUUUAUAACAUGGAAAGGACGAAACAGAAAAACAAAACAACUUGGAAGAAUAUUUAAUAGCAGACCACUUCAACUUGUAACCUUUAUACCUUUAAUUUUCUCUCUCUCUCUCUCUAAAAUGGAAAAACAAAUCAACGUAGAGAGUAGUGCUACUCACCAUCAGGAAGACAAUAAUGCUUCCGCAAUAACAACCUCCACCGUCGCCGCCGUCAAUUCGUCGGAAUCUUGGUCUUCUAAAAGAUAUUUAGUGCAAGACACUGAAGCCGGUGGAAAACGGCGGAAGAGAAACGGUGGCAAUGGUAAUAAGAAUCCGACUUAUAGAGGAGUAAGGAAGAGGAGCUGGGGGAAAUGGGUGUCGGAGAUUAGAGAACCAAAGAAGAAAUCGAGAAUCUGGCUUGGGACUUAUCCAACGGCUGAGAUGGCAGCUCGAGCUCAUGACGUUGCGGCUUUAGCUAUUAAAGGCAACUCCGGUUAUCUAAACUUCCCGGAACUGUCCGGUUUGCUUCCUCGUCCGGUUAGCUGCUCUCCAAAGGAUAUACAAGCCGCAGCUGCCAAAGCCGCAGAAGUCAUGUGGCAAGAACCGGUUAUAGAUGAGAAAUUAGCCAAUGAGCGAAGUCAUUCCGAGUUGUCUACAGCUCAGUCUUCGACUUCCAGCAGUUUUGUGUUUUCUUCAGACACGAUAGAUAGUUUGAGUACGGACAAGGAAAGCAACGAAGAGACGGUGUUUGAUUUGCCGGAUCUUUUCAUGGAAGGAUUUUUAAACCACGACGACUCGUUUGGCUACUACGAGAGCACGACUACUUGGCAGCUUUACGGAGAGGAUGUAGGGUUCGCCUGGCUAGAUGACUAAAGUACCCUACCGUUGUUUACGUACGUACGUAUAGUUCCAUGCAUGCAUUAUGGUUUAAACUGAUUUUUACUAUCUUUUUGUUAAUUAUUACGUUUAUGUUGUUAAUUACUUUU